UCCACUUCAUAAUGCUACAUUAGUACACUUCGUCUGUUACGAUACGUUGCAAUGUGUAACUGUUUACACUGUAUUUGUAUUAAUAACAUUUACCACUUAUUAGCUUCGGGGCAGUGUGUGUGUAAUGAUAAUGAUAAUUUUGUUGAACUUGGUAAUAGAGUCCAAGUGAGCAAACAUACAGCUUUUAAAGUUAACUUUUAUAACAAGAACUAGAAUGACACAGUAUGGCGUCGCACAAAUGUACUUCACCCACCUCCCUCCACGGGGGCUACAGGAUAUCACAGUAUGUGGAUACCCGCUCAGCAUAUUCUUCAUCGUGGUGAAUGAGUUCUGUGAGAGGUUCUCCUACUAUGGCAUGCGUGCGGUCUUGGUGCUGUACUUCAAGUACUUCCUCCUCUGGGAUGAUGACCUUGCCACCUCCAUCUACCACACCUUUGUGGCUCUGUGCUACCUCACCCCCAUCCUGGGGGCCAUUGUGGCUGACUCCUGGCUGGGCAAGUUUAAGACUAUCAUCUACUUGUCUAUCGUCUACGCCCUGGGCCAGGUCGCCAUGGCUGUCAGUGCCAUCCAUGACAUCACCGACUCCAACAAGGACGGCUCACCUGACGACAUGACCUUUCACGUUGUGCUGUCAAUGGUGGGCCUCUUCCUCAUUGCUCUGGGCACGGGGGGCAUCAAACCUUGUGUUGCCGCCUUUGGUGGAGACCAGUUUGGCGAUCACCAGGAAAAGCAGAGAAGAACCUUUUUCUCUGUAUUCUACCUGUGCAUCAAUGGAGGUAGUCUCCUGUCAACCAUUAUCACUCCCAUCCUGAGAGCUCAAGAGUGUGGCAUCCAUACCAAGCAGAGCUGCUAUCCUCUGGCCUUUGGUGUCCCUGCUGCACUCAUGGUGGUGGCCCUCGUGGUGUUCAUCGUCGGGAGCGGCAUGUACUACAAAGCAGAGCCUCAAGGAAACAUCAUGAUGGACGUGUGUAGCUGUAUCGGGUUUGCCAUCUCCAACCGCUACAGGCACAGAAGCAACAGGUUCCCCAAGAGGCAGCACUGGAUGGACUGGGCGGAGGAGAAGUAUGACAAACUCCUAAUUGCGCAAAUAAAAAUGGUGCUGAAGGUUCUCUUCCUGUACAUUCCACUUCCAAUGUUCUGGACUCUGUUUGACCAAAAGGGCUCCAGGUGGACUUUGCAGGCCACCACCAUGGAUGGAAACUUUGGGGCGCUUGUCAUCCAGCCUGAUCAGAUGCAGACUGUGAACCCCAUCCUGAUCCUGACCCUGGUGCCCAUCAUGGACAGUCUCAUCUACCCUCUCAUCCAAAAAUGUGGCCUGAAUUUUACGCCGCUGAAAAGAAUGACGGUGGGGAUGUUUCUCGCAGCGUUGGCCUUUGUAUGCGCUGCUGUGGUGCAGUUGCAAAUUGAUAAAACACUCCCAACAUUCCCAUCAGCGUAUCAAAGCCAGCUGAAAGUGGUAAACACGGGCGAGAACCCAGUCGCACUCAAACUGGCCAACCAAAUUGAACUGGUCCUGACUCCAUCUCAGGCCAGUGAGCAAUUCUUCACAUUCGAAGAGGAAGAAAUUGUGGUUUCUGUCGUCAACCACGACGUCACAAGAUCCGUCUUCCUAAGCAAAGGAGAGCGACAGACUCUGGCAUUUCCCUCAAACCUCACACACGAGUGGCUGCUGACCGAGGAUUUGAAAGCCAAGCCGCAGCAAGGGAAUAACGCCGUCCGCUUCAUAAACGGAAUGUCCACGCCAGUGAACGUGUCCGUUGCCGGCGGGGAAGCCAACUUAAUCCAGCCGCUCUAUUACUCCAACUAUACUCAGAUCAAAAACGGAAUAGCCAUUUUCACCAUACGGAUGGCUUCCCAGUCAUGUGACUACAGCAGGGAGUUUGGCUUCGGAAGUUCGUAUACUUUCGUUAUUCCCAGCACGUUCACCUUUGGACCAACUUGUCACGAGUCUAUUAGUGCCAUCGAAGACAUCAAGCCCAACUCCGUCCACAUGGCCUUGCAGAUCCCGCAGUACUUCUUCAUAACCGCAGGCGAAGUCAUGUUUUCUGUCACAGGGCUGGAGUUCUCUUACUCGCAGGCACCAAGCAACAUGAAAGCAGUGCUGCAAGCAGGCUGGCUAUUUACUGUCGCUAUCGGCAACUUUAUUGUCUUGAUCGUGGCCGAGCUUGCCAAGAUUCCCAAACAGUGGGCCGAGUACGUGCUUUUCGCGUCCCUCCUGGUUGCCGUGUGUUUCAUCUUCUCCAUCAUGGCCUACUUCUACACCUACAUGGACCCGUCUGAGAUUGAGGCACAGUUCAAGACGAAGAUUAAUGCCGAUGACAAGGACGACAGAUGGGACAAGGACAAGAGGGACAUCAGGAGAGACGGUGUUGACAGCGUUGAUGACAAACAAACUAAGUUGUGAAAACUGAGACCAGCACUAUGGCGCCUUAACAAGGAGGAUGCGGGGUGUUUUUUAUAAGCAAGAGCCAAAGGGAAAUCCACCACAAAGUGCAGAUAAGUAUGUAUGUGCAGUGGUGGAGCUAAGGUGAGACCAUUGCUAAUGUAGGGGUGGCAAUAAGUUGAUAUCUAAAAUGUCAAGAUGGGUGUGUGUGUUACAUUUCAUUUACGUUUUUUUUUCUGCUGCCGUUUUUUUCAUCCAACUGUUUCUUGUAUUUUUUAUUCUCAUAAUUAUGACUUUAUUCCCAUAAUAUUUUGACUUUUUUCUGGUAACAGAACUUUUCCUGCAACCUAAUUUUCUAAAAAAAAAAACUCAAUUUGGUUUUUGUCUCAUGACUUUAAAAAAAUGCAUAAUUGUGAGAUUCCAACUAUUUCUUUAGAAUCACUGCUGAUUCUUUCUAAUUUUUUUAUUCAAUUCUUAGAAUGUGCCGUCAGGCUAGCACUGGAGGCUUUUUUUGUUUCCCUAAAAUAUUUGUUUUGUUUUUUUUUGUGAUUAUAAUCAUUCCUUCAUUCAUUCAUUUUAUACUGCUUAUCCUCAUGAGGGUUGCGGGGGGUGCUGGAGCCUAUCCCAGCUGUCUUCAGGCGAGAGACAGUGGACUGGUCACCAGCCAAUAACAGGGCACAUAUAGACAAACAACCAUUCACACUCACAUUCAUACCUAUGGACAAUUUGGAGUCGCCAAUUAACCUAGCAUGUUUUUUUUCCCCCGGAGAAGUGAUUAUAAUCAUGACCAAUAAAUU